GCAGCCGGCAGUUCGGUCAGUCUCGUUUGUACCGUCGUCGUGAGUGCUUCGUCUAAUUUCGCUGUUCUCUCGACACAAUAGCUUUUUUUUCUUUCUAUCUCUCUUCCUCUCUCUUUCUCUCUCACUCUUUCUCUUUCUUUCUUUCUUUAUUUCUUUCUCUCUCUAUCUUUAUAUCUCUAUCUCUUUUUUUCUUUCUUCUCAUUUCUCUCUUUCUCUAUCUGUCCAUCUGUCCGUCCUUCUCAGUGUCGUCAGUCUUAUUUCGUGUGAACCGUUAAAUCACGUGGCCGUUGGAAGAAGAGAAAAAAUAAUAAUCAUAAUAGUAAUCGUAAUAAGAAUAAUAAUAAUAAUAAUCAUCAUCAUCGGAAUAUUCCAGUAAAAAAAAAAAAAAGAUAGCCGUUAUUGUAACGGCUAAAUCGCUUUUUUUUUCUUUCCUUCUUUCUUUCUUUCUUUCUUUUUUUUCGUCUUUUUCUUUAUCGCGCUCGUGCGUUUCGUUUUACGUUUUACGUUUCAACGUUUUUCGGCUGCUGCUGCUGCUGUUGCUACUGCUGUGUUUCUCUUUUUUUCUUUUCUUUUUUUUUUCUUUUUUCGUUUUCUCGAUUGUAAAAAUAAAGUGUCGUCCGUCGUUACUACAUGGAAGAAGAAGAUAGAACAUCAACGAGCUCGUCCAAGAUUUUUAUAAUAGACGUUAAUUUCGAGGAAUAAUGCUGGCCAUCGUCGUCGUCAUCGUCUGAGGAAAUUGAAAAUUGAAUCGAUGGAGGAUGAUGUUAGAUGGGAAAGAAGAUUCAUCUCCCGAGAUCGAGGAAUGGCGUGUGGGAGAAAAAAAACGUGUUGGCUUACCACGUUAAGAGAAUAAAAAGACGAAAGGAGGGCUACUUUCGAAACAAUGACGACGACGACUUAAGAUCAGAGACCGUUUCAAUCGUAGAAACGAACAAUAUGAUAUUCGAUGGACGAGCUUGAUAGAUAAAGAAUAAGAAUUAAAAAGGAGGCCCCUGUGUAAGAGUGUGUUGACCUCUGUCCACUUGUGCAAUUUUCAACGUGGCACAGAUCCGUUGAACGGAAUUCUUUGCAACAUGUUCGGGACGAAAUUGCGCACGUGGAUGGAGGCACACAUUGUGCGAUCAAAGAAAAAGAAGGAUCGUAAAAAGGGCGAUAAGGGAUUCGAUUCUAACUGCAAUUCACCGAGAAGUCAUAGUGCCAAUAGAUCGCCUGCUUUGCAUCAAGUACAUCCUGUAGACUCGCCAACAAGAAACGGAGUAGACGGAAUUCGAUUGCACGGUGGAUCCAGUGGUGUUGAUCGUGGUGUUGGUGGUGUUGGUGGUGGUGGUGGUGGUGGCGGGUACGCUGGAACGGUGACCACCUCUUCCGGUACAUCCGGUGGUACCGGAAGCGUGAAUCUUUCUUCUCCGGAAAGUGCCUACAGUACCGGAUACUCGACGGACGGUACGUCGCCCGGUACGAGCUUUCCGCCCGAGUAUUACAUCAAUAUCAGGACGGGCACGCAUUAUUUUCAAAGUAACAAUAAAGGUAGGGCGCAGGGAAAUGCGGGGAGGAUCGACGACAGAACGAACGAGUCUACGAACAAGUCCUCGAACAUGACCGGUGACAAUAGUAAGCAGCCAAAGGACGUACGUACGAGCACUCCGGCCAAGCUCAACGCGCUUAGCGCCGAAGCUACGAUCAAUCAUGGAUCGAAACAACAACUACAGCAACAACAACCACAACUACAACAACAACUACAACAACAACAACCACCACAGACUCCGCAAAGACAGCAAGAAAAUUCUCAUCGAAGAACGGAAUCCUUCUCAGCUGAUUCCUCCAGGAAUAAUCUUCCUGUACCAUCCUCGAUACCUCCCCCACUUGUCUCACCAACCGUACAAUCACCUCGCGAACGAUCACGAAUAAGAACGAAUCCGUGGUUGUCGGCAAACUCUUCUGGUUCCAGCACGACCGGCUUUAAAUCUAGGCUAACACUCGAUGAAACCAGCAGUAGUUCGGGUCUAAAGCUGACUGAAUCAUCCGGUAGUGCCAGUGACGUCAAUGUUAACAGCGCGAGAGAGAGUCUAACAAAGAGGGAACAUCGUCAAGAGAGUCUCAGCGCUGGACGUAGUCCGAUAAAUCAAAAUUGGAGGAUUUUGCCUGGUAUGGAUAUAAGACCUAAGAUACCAUUGGCUAUGCAACGUCGUACAAGUAGCAGUAGCUCAUCAGGAUCGUCGGUAACUCGAAGUGCUCGUUCAUCCGAGGACGACAUAACUUUGAACGAAAUGAUGGGGAAAUUCGACGAGAGUUAUGUUUACGAGAAAGAGACGGAUAUAUUGUCGGAUAGCGACCCAACCGAUUGCGAGGAUUACAUAGAUUCUUUGUCGGACGUUGAUACAGGUCAGGAUGGUGGCGAUGAGAACGAUCCUUUCGAAAACGAUUUCGAUUACAUCGACAAUGGUUCCUUCCUCGAUUUAGAUAAUCUCGAAUGUCCUGCUAAUUUUCCUAAUACCGGUCACUGUACUUAUUUCACGUUUACGAGCGAGCUCAGUAGACGUGGUACAAGAUUGAGGGAAUCCUUUUUGAAACGAAGAAACAAGGACGAGAUUCUUCCUCAAAGGACGAUCAGUAUAAGGAACGCGGCUAAGAGACAAAGUAUUCGAUAUAAAAAGACGGAAGAGAAACAACAGGGUGGCGAUAAACGUAAAAAGAGAAUAUCUCAACGUAGGAAACCAAACAUGGAGAAGCUCGACGACGAGACAGCGAAUUUGAAUCGAGUAUUGGUCGAGAGAAUGUUGCUGAAGAAUUCUGGAUUUAAUCAGGGUAGUAGAAGCGUAGGUGGUACGCCUAUAUGUCUUCGUCGUAAGAAACACGACGUUAAUAAAAAUCUUUCGCCGAUGAGAUUGAACGAUAAUAAUCAAUCGAUGAUGCAGCCUACGAUCGUCGAAAACGAGGUCGUCAAAAGACGUUCGAAUUCGGUGAGUUACGUAAAUGGGAACAUAGUGAGAAGACAGGUCACUGGGAACACAUACAUGACGACGUUCGCGUCUGAAAUAGCUCUGAUCGAAGCAGACAAGGAAGCCGACAGGAAGUAUCGCGAGUUGAUUAUGGAAGCUGAAAAUAUCUUAGUAAAUAUGCAAAAGAAUCAAAGCUCCUUGCCGAUCGUACCGUCGCCAUCGAGAAAGUUUCACAAUGGUCUGGCUAACAAGCGUGUCGAGCUGAUCAAGAACACGGAAUUGAACAUCGAGCUUGCCUUAUCCAAAAGUAGAAAUUCUCAACCGGAAUUGCAGAGUGGUAGUAUAAGGGAUAUAGAACAUACCAGUCCAAAGAGACAAUUCACGCAGCCAUGUUCGCCCGUUCAUCGUUUUAUGGAAAGAAAUUCGGCUGGAAACGUAUCUAGAGACGUUCCCUUUAAACAGGACGUCGCAAAUUGUCCCGAUUCACCGUACGUAUCUAGAAGAACGCCUCAAGGUUCACCUAACAGAAAUCUCGUUCAUUCUUCAACCCGUGUACGUGGUAGUAUUUGUCCUACUACCGGUGUAAAGGACAACGGACGUCCUCGAAUUAUCUUGAAUUGCAACGGAGUAGGACAAUCUACCGUUGAAACGAACGAUUGUCAAACCUCUCAAGGUUCCAUUUUCCCUGGCAAUAAAGCGACACAGCUUCUUCCUCAACACCAUAGAGAUUCGAGAUUAACUAUAGACAAUAGGAAGGACUCGAGAGUCUCAAUAUCGUCGACCAAGGAAGAGGAGGAUGGCGUGACGUCGAGCUCGUCGGAUUCCGAGGAGAAAUGCGACGUUAGACGGAGACCACUUUUGAUGACGUUCAGAUCAAUCGACAUGGGCCCGAUCAAAGAAGGUUCUUCUUAUUGUCCUCAAAGUGAACCGGUUAAAAGGAAGGUUUAUGCUGGUAGUGCGACUUACGGUAGAAUACAAAAGACAUUAGGUCAUCAUCAAGUGUUAUUAAGAAAUUCUGAUGGCGAUACGGCCACCGAUGAUACCGAUGAUUCUCGAAGAUCCUUGAAGGAGAAAGUAGCGCAACUACGUCAAGAACGUUUGACGGCUGAAUCGAACGCUAACGUUCAAGACUCUCAACUAUUUCAACAACAACUUACUCAGCUACGAAGACAAAUGUUGAUGCAAACUAUAGAAGGUUUAAAACGUAGUCUCGAAGAUCAAUCGGCUACGUUAAAACAAACGUGCUUGGAACCGGUAUUGUCUGAUGAAUUACCUACAACGAGAAAGAUGCUCGAAAAGCGAAUAAAUAUCGUUCUUUUUUUAAAUUAUUUUUGCAUUUUGUCUACUGAAAUUAUUGCACAAGACAUUUUAGGAUGUGGAGGAUUUUUAAAGAGCCACGCUGAUAUCGAUUUUACAAAAGUUCACAUUAAAUUGUAUACUAAGACUGGUAGUUUAAAAGAUGAGACAGAAUGUGCUCCAAAUACUGGAUAUUACUUUUUACCCCUUUAUGAUAAAGGAGAGUAUAUUUUAAAGGUAGAUCCUCCUAGAGGUUGGAGUUUCGAUCCUAUGGAAGUAUAUUUAAAUGUCGAUGGUUCUACAGAUAUUUGUAGUCAAGGAAAGGAUAUUAAUUUUACUUUCAAAGGUUUUGGAAUCACAGGCAAAGUAACAAGUUUUAAUUCUUCAUUGGGUCCGAAAGACGUUACUGUGUCAUUAUAUAAUGCUAGUAAUAAGGAAACCGUAGUCGGAUCAACCAAGACUAUCGAUAGUGGAAUAUUUUAUUUUACACCUAUUCAACCAGGCAAAUAUAUACUUGUUGCAUCUCAUCCUACGUGGAUGAUAAAAAAAAAUACAGUUGAAGUAACUGUACAAGAAGGUAACGCUGAACUUUCAGAUGAUAGUUUAGUAAUAUUUGGAUACGAUGUAAGAGGUCAAGUCACUAGUGAAAAUGAACCAGUCAGUGGUGUAUCCUUCAUACUCUUUGGGAAUGGUGCAGCAAAGAAUUGCGAAACUUCAGUAGUUAAAGGAUUUGAAUCGAAAAAUCCACUUUGUCAUGUUACCUCUGAUAAAACUGGAAAAUUUAUUUUUCCUGCAUUGUCAACUGGUGAUUACAAGCUUGUCCCACAUUAUCCUAGUGCUCACACUAAAUUUGAUGUUCAACCACCCGAAUUAUCAUUCGAAGUUAGUCACAACAGUCUGACGUUGUCACAAGAUUUUAAAGUGACUGGUUUUACGGUAACUGGUGUAGUUCGCAUGUCAGUAGAUGGCAAACCAUUAGCAGGAGCAAAAAUUAUAUUCGCCGGAAAAGAAGUAGCUGUAACAAAUGAAAAUGGGAAAUAUACAAUAGAUAAUGUAAAAGCUGGACAAUAUACGUUGAAAGCAGAAGCUGAUGAUGUGCAGUUUGAGGAGAGAACUGUUAAAGUCUCUCCAAGUUCACCUGAAUUGCCAGUUUUAAUACCAUUGAUGUAUAAAGUAUGCGGGAAAGUUACAUUAUCUAUAAAAGGAACUCUACAUUUCCGUAAGAUAGCUGUACAAAAUAUUGCUGCUACAUUCCAAAAAGAAAUUGAUACUAAUGAAAAGACUGGAGAUUAUUGUGUACAUUUAAAGCCUGAUAAAUAUCAAUUAAGUGUAAUCGUGAGUAACGAAGAAAAAACUAAAGGUUUACAAUUCUUUCCUUUACAACAAACCAUUGAUGUAUCAUUUGAGGCAAUUAACAACAUCAACUUUCUACAAUUAAAAGCUCUUUUAACUGGCAUGGUCAAAUGUUUGCCAGGAAUAGAUUGCAGUCAAGCUUCGGUUACGCUUAAAGUACUCGAUGGAGUUACGAUAAAAACUUCAACGACGAAAGAUGGCCAGUAUCAAUUCUCCGAUGUAUUACCAGGACAUUAUGAAGUAUUAGUAGACAACGAUGUAUUUUGUUGGAAAAAUCCUAGUUACAGAAUAUCGAUAACAUCUGAACGUGCUGAAGUACCUCCUUUCCAACAGACCGGUUUCUCAAUUACUUUUAUUUCUUCUCAUGAAACAACGGUUGAAUAUGUUGUACCAGGUGAAACAAAAAAAUCAUCUUUAGUAUUAUCCAAAGGUAGUACAAGGCAUUGCGUAUCUAAGCCUGGAGAAUAUAGUUUUACACCCAAGGGUUGUCAUGUAUACGAUAAAAAAACAUUCGUUUGGGAUACAAAUAAUUUAUCCCCAAUUAUUUUAUCAUCAUCUGAACAUCGUCAUCAAGGAAAUAUUAUAAGUUCUACUGCAGUGGAUGGUGUAAAAGUUAAAAUUGAAAGUUUAAAUCAUAAUAUCAUGAUUGGACCGCUUAAAUAUACAAAGAAAGGAGACUUUUUUAAGUACAAUUUCGAAUUUACAACGAAAACUGGUAAUAUAUACGUUAUUACUCCUCUCUCGGAUAUUCUUUUAUUUAAUCCAUCAUCUGUAAAAGUUCUUGGAGUAAACGAAUGUUAUAAUGACAUUGCAACUUUCAUCGGAGAUUUAGGAAAGAUCAUAACUGGAAAAAUUUCACCUUCUUUGGAAGGUGUAACAGUACAAAUAUUUGCAAAAAAUAAACAAUCUCCUAUGCAUACGAUAAUUACAAAAAAAGAAGGGACAUAUAGUGUUGGCCCAUUGGAUGGGAAAAUAGAAUAUAGCGUUACAGCUGAGAAGGAAGGUUUUGUGAUAACAGGGCCAAAUAAUAAUGGGAUAUUCUUAGCACGCAAAUUAGCUGAAAUUAUAGUGCAAGUAUAUGAUCAAGCGGAUAAUUCAUCCUUGCAGGGCGUUCUACUUUCUCUUUCUGGUGGACAAAAUUAUCGUAAAAACAGUAUGACGAGUGACGAUGGGAAAUUAAUUUUUAAUUCUUUAUCACCCGGAGAGUAUUAUCUCAGACCUAUGAUGAAGGAAUAUAGAUUUGAGCCACCAUCAAAAAUGAUCAACGUGGCCGAAGGUGCAACCGUUAUGGUAAACUUAUUUGGCAACAGAGUUGCAUUUAGCGCUUAUGGAUCAGUCACGUCAUUAAAUGGAGAAUCUGAAGCAGGAUUAUUAGUCGAAGCUCAAGGUCAAGCAGAUUGUUCCAAUCUUCAAGAAGAAGCGACUACCGAAGAGAAUGGUACUUUUAGAAUCAGAGGUCUUCAGCCAUUGUGCACAUACAUUUUACGUUUGAAAUCUAACGUGGAGGCAAAUAAUCAUAUACAACGUACCAGUCCUAGUUCGUUGAUGAUACAAACAGGAGAGGAUAUUCGUGGACUUAAAUUAAUCGCAUUUCAUCCAAUUUCACGUACAGACGUUUCCGUUCACGUAGUGUCGGUACAAUCAGAACAUUACCGUACUUUAAAAGUGAAAUUAUGCAGAGAAGACAUGCCGGAUUCGCCUAUACACAUAUCCAAAUUGGAUACACAACAUUCUAGUAAAAUUGGCACGUCAUACAAUGCAGGUUUCCUCAUACAUUUUCCACCUUUGCAAGCUGACAAUAAGAAAUACUUCAUACAGUUGGAAUCAUCCUUAUCUCCUAGCUUACAUAAGUAUAAAACAAAUUCUGUUUAUUUCGAAGCUAAUUCGUCGUUUAAAUAUGUUAAAUUAACGUUCAAUGCUGAACGCAAAGUUGAUCAAGGAGAUAUGAAUCAAACGUCUAUAGUAGCUUUACCAUUUAUAAUGUUAAUUACAGUAGCAUUUUUAAAUCGUGAAAAAUUAUGGAGCUGGCUAAAUACAUUGAUCGAAAGGUGGUCUAAACCAUCACCGAUUUCUAGAACACCUGUACAAGCGAUUCCUAUCGAUCCAAGAGCGGAUGAUAUUAUUGUUGAACAAAUAAUGAAUAUUAAUAAGAGGAAAACGAAGUUACGGAAAACAUAACAUUUAAAGGAAAUUUUAUUUCAUCAUUUUACACACGAAUGACGUUCCAAUUUAUGGAUCUCAUUUUUGUUUCCGUUCGUUUCAACUUAUGGAUUAAAUUAUGUACACGGAUUGUUUUAGCAAUGGUCAUCAUUGUGAAUUUUAAUAUAUCACAGAUAUUUCGAAUACUAUUUAUGCCAUGUUUCUUUAGCGCAUUUUUCAUCGAUUAUAAGAGAAUCUUUAAAGGCUUAAUAUAUUAUAAAUAUUUGAUAAUGUACAUAUAUAUUAUAUAUAUGUGUGUAUAUGUAUAUAUAUAUAUAUAUAUAUAUAUAUAUAUAUAUAUAAAAUUAAGAUUCAUGUUCUAUAUAAGUUACAUAAUAUAGAACAAUUAUAUAUAAGAAGAAAAGGAAAAAGGAUUGUAUUAAACUAUAAAAUGUGUUUGUGAUCGUUUGAAGUAAGAAAAUUAAAUUAUAUCAAAUACAAUGAUGUUAUAUUUUACAGGUAAAUAUAUAUAUAUAAAUAUAUAUAUAUAUAUAUGUGACAAAAAAAAUUUACUAUUUUUAAAGUUCAAAAUAUGUAUAUUUAGUAAUACUAUGAUUUUUCUUAAUGCUUUACAUAUAUAAUUGUAUACAUGAUCCACCUGUGAUACGACCCCGCAAGUCUUUUAAUCGCCUCUUGUGUAAAAUCACGAUAAUUUGCAGGUUUUCUUUUUUUUUUUGUCUCACUCGUCGAAAUUUAAGGAAUGAAAUAUGCCUAUAAAAGAAAAAGAAGAGAAAGAGAAGAAAACGUGUCAUUGAUAUAAAAUAAGAGAUUAAAAAUAUUAUAAUUAUUGUUUAACAUACCAAAGGAUUUGUCAAAUACAAGCAUCUAUUAAAAUUGUAUGCUAAUACGCAUCUAUCAGAACCAGCUGUAAAUUACAACAUACGUAUAAAAUUCAUUCAUAUAUAUAUAUAUAUACGUGUGUGUGUAUAUACAUAUAUAUAUAUAUAUAUAUAUAUAUAUAUAUAUAUAUAUAUAUGUAUGUAUAUAUACUUACUGACGUCACGACAAUUGUCAAUCAUUUCUUGAGCCAAAGAUUUCCAUACUUCUGGUAUAGACAUUAAAAUCAUUUUGAAAUUUAAUUUACCAUCCUUGGUGAACUGAUAAAAGAAGAUAUAAGAAUUUGAUCGAUCAUAUCAUCGACAUAUUAUCUAUCUGAUUAUUCAAUAUUAAUAUUUUAAAUAACUUUCUUACCAUAUUAAACUUUUCUAAUACGCAUUUGAAGUAACAACCGAGUUUUGCAUCUUCAGAAAAGUUUCCAAUUUCUGCCUCGUCGAUGAUGUCUACGAUUGAAACGAUAAAAAAAAAAAGAAAAAAAAGAAAGAAAGAAAAGAAAGAAGAAAAAAAAAUAUCUCUCGUUCGAAGCGAACGAUCUUUCUCUUUUUUAUAACAAAACAAUUAAUUCACUUUACAUUGAAAAUUUAUUUGGAUAACUUACCCUCCGUUAAUCCGGUCUCAGCGAGACACUUUUUACGUUGAGGCGCAGUGAUUUUUCUCAAAUCGAGUUGAGCCUGACGUAUGAAAUAAAGGAUACAUAUAAAUGUCCAGAAAUAAUAUAUAAAGAUCAUUCGUCUACUACAGCUUUACUUUUACCACUAUCACCAUAGAAAUCAAAAAGAGAAAAGAAGAAAAGUCUCACCUCGACGAAUGAAUUUACAAAGAUUGACGCGAUCAAGAUCAAAUAUAUUCUUUUCAUUUUGGAUAUUAAAGUGUAAAAAGAGAGAGAGAGAGAAAUAUUAAUAGAGACGAACGUAAUGGCAAAGAAAAAAAUCGAAAACUGACACGAACGAUGGAGUUUUAUAUACGAUUUUUAUCCAAAAAAGUGGGAGAGUUAUUGCAUAAUGAUAUAAUUAGAAUUUUGCAGAAGCGAGAUCUUUUUCUUUUUUCUUUUUUUUUUUCUUCAAACUGUUUGAUAAUCUUCGAUUAAAAGUAUAGAGCAUUUAGGUGCUAUUAAGAGGUGCUAUUAUAUAUACUCUAGGUAUAUAAUAAUCAGGUGUACGAGAGACUCGUCCAAGUGUUAUUUCUUUUUUUUUUUUUGUUUUUUUUUUUUUCUUUUCUUUUUCCUUUUUCAUUGAUAUUAUCAUACUGGUAAAUUAUCCGUGAUAAACGUUUGUUUUUUCCAAAUUCGAGAUCUGAUAUCUAUGAUCAUUUUUAAUUGUAUCUUCGAUUAUGAUGUAAUAAUGGUUUCUGAUCGAAAUUGUGUCUGAUCAGUACACGUGCUCUACUACUCGCGUUAACUUUCAUAGCAGAAUAUAUGUUUCAUAUUCUUUCAUAAUAGAAUAUAUGUUUCACAUAUGUGUAUCACAUAUAUACAUACACACACAUAUAUAUAUGUAUAUGUAUAUAUAUAAAUAUAUACGCACGAAUUGCUGCUAUUACCUCACGUUUAUCACUUGAUCGUUAUAAGAGAAUUUUCAAUUUAUCAACACGUGCCGCCCGUGUUCUACUUUGUAUGCGAGUCCAGUUGACAAUUGCUGACUACAACACACCGCGAUUUGAAGAGACCGGUCUAGGUGACGAUUUCUUUAUCAAAUCGAUUAUUAUUAAUGAUCAUGAUCCGGCUCGAUCCUCGAGAUUGCAUGACAGAAUAACUCGUUCUUUCUUCUUGAUCAAGCCUAUCACUUCUUCUUCUUCUUCUUCUAUGUAUGUAUGUAUAUAUGUAUAUGUAUGUAUGUAUGUAUGUAUUUAUGUAUGUAUGUAUGCAUGUAUGUAUGUAUAAUGUAUACAUAUUUAUAUACAAGUAAUUCGUUCAACGAAUUUCGUAUAUAUGUUUAUGUAUAUGUAUAUAUAUAUGACAUUGAUAAUAUGUUGAAAAUUAAAACUUACAAAGAAAUGCAAUUAUUAGAGAGGAUUUAUUUUUUUUAAAGACAUUUUAUAAAGUAGUACAAUUUACGGUGUAUACAGGACAGUUAUAUGAGAAUGUAAAAUCACUUGAUUGUAUAAAUCUCAACACAUUCGGCGAUAUCGUUUCUUUAAUAUUUUCAUUUUAUAUAUAUAUAUAUAUAUAUAUAUAUAUAUAUAUAUGUAUGUAUGUGUGUAUAUAUCUUUGGUCAUCAUGCAC